AUGACUACGAAUUACAUCUCACGCCUCUCCCGCAGCGUCUGCCUCGUCGCGCUGGCCUUCGCCGCCGCCGCCGCCGCUCACGCCCAUCCCGCCACCACGCCCGCCGUCGCGCGGCUCACCAUUGGCCUCGUCCCCGGCGACGAUGCCCUCCUCCAGCAGACCGUCCAGGAGCUGUCCGACCCCACGCACCCCCGCUACGGCCAGUACCUCUCCCGCGAGGCGGCGCUCGACCUGCUGCAGCCGGACCCAGAGUCCCUCGACGCGGUCAGGGCGUGGCUCCGCGACGCCGGGGGGUUACACGACGAGGACCUCGAGCGGCGCGGGCAGUUUCUGCACGCCAACGUAUCGGCCAGCCAGGUGGCGUUGCUGCUCGUGAAGCGGGACGGCGACGGCGCGGAGAGUGGUCUGUCUGGCGCGUUUGCCGUCGCCGACGAGGCGGCCCGAAAGCACAUUCGCAUCGUGCACCUCGAUAACCUCAACCGUGGCGUGCUGCAGAGCCGAUGGCACGCGUUGCACGCCGUCGAGUCCUCGCAGCAGCCGGUACCGCCGCCAAGCAAGGAUGUGCUGAAGACGGUCAUGGACCGCUGCGAGGGCAGGAUCACGCCGGCUUGUCUGCGAAAAAGGUACCAAAUGGACAACGUUCCAUCAACGCCAAAGAAGACGAUUCUCGGCGUCUUGGGUUUUGGAGGGGCAAGUUUUACCCUCUCUUUUCAUCUCAACUUGCACAUGCUGGACAAGGAAAUUCUGACAAACUUGGACCCAACAAGGGUCGGCUCCAACUUUACCGAGGCCCUUCUCAACGGCGGCCAAAACCAGCAAGGCCACUAUCCUGCCGCAGAAGGUAAUCUCGAUAUCCAGUACGCCGUGGCCUUGGCCGGCGCCAAUGUCGACGUGCGCUUCCUUUCUGUCGGCGGCAGAAAUCUAGACUUUAUUCCCGAUCUCGACCUCCCCAAGGGCAAAAAGAGCUUUACAGAGCCCUAUCUCGAGCUCGUCACCGCCCUCGCCGCGCUUCCGUCCGUGGAACUCCCCUCCGUGCUCUCCAUCUCGUACGGCGUCAACGAGCAGCUCCUCUCCAGGGACUAUACGCGGCACGUCUGCGACGUCUUUGGUCAGCUCGCCACGCGCGGCGUCUCCGUGCUCGCCGCCUCGGGCGACGCCGGCCCGGGCCAGUCAUGCCAGACCAACGACGGCUCCGGCGGCACGCGCUUCCUGCCUGCGUUCCCCGCCAGCUGCCCCUACGUCACUGCCGUGGGCGCCACGCGCGCCGUAGGAUCCCUCCGCGACGAGACGGCGUCCGACUUUUCCGGCGGCGGCUUCUCGGAGCAUUUUGCGCGGCCGGCGUACCAGGACGGCGAGGUCGACGCGUACCUGGCAAAGCACGGCGCGGAGUGGAACGGGCUGUAUAAUCCCGACGGCCGCGGGAUACCAGACGUGGCGGCGCUGGGCCACGAUUAUCAAGUCUACUCUCACGGCAAAGUUGAGAGUGCUGAUGGAACAAGCGCUUCGACACCCGUCUUGGCCGCCAUGGUUGCUGUUCUCAACAGCCUCCGCGCCCAAAAGGGAAAGCCGACAAUGGGGUUUCUCAACACCUGGCUGUAUAAAGCAAGCCGCUUCGCCUUUGAUGACAUCACGACCGGAAAGACGAGCGGCUGCCUAGGAACUUCCUACGCGGGCCUGGGUUCCCCCAAAGUAGAGGGCGCUGGCUGGCCGGCCGACUGGGGCUGGGAUGCCGCGACAGGCUUGGGGACGCCCAAUUUUGCUCGUUUCCGGCGCUUGGCCUGUGUGUAG